GGCAAGUCAAUGGCGAAUCAAUCUGAGGUGUCUGAAUUUAUUCUGAUUGGAUUUCCCGGACUACCGCAGAAGCUCCAUCAUUUGGUUUCAGCAGCAAUGUUCCUGUUCUAUACUACAGCACUGAUGGCUAACGGCACUGUAAUAAUUCUGAUUUAUUUUAGAGAACAUUUACACCAACCAAUGUAUCUAAUUAUUUCCAACUUGUCUCUUUCUGAUCUUGCCUUUGACACGGUUACAUUACCCAAAGCCAUUGCUGUGUAUUGGUUUGGAGAUGGCAGGAUACCCUUAACAGUGUGCAUGCUCCAGUUAUUCUGUGUCCAUUAUUUGGGUUCUCUUGAUUCUUUCAUUAUCAUGCUAAUGGCUGUUGAUCGUUAUGUUGCCAUUUGCAAACCACUGAGAUAUUCUUUCAUAAUUACCAAUAAACUAAUUGCUCUGCUCUGUUAUAUCUUAUGGCUUAUCGCAGCUAUUUUUGGGAUAGGAGCUGUUGCUGUAACUUCCCAACUCUCUUACUGUUACAGCAAAAUCAACAACUAUUUUUGUAGCAGUUCAACAAUUCUUUCGCUAACCUGUGUUGACACAUUUUCUACCCGAAGAAUUACUUUCACUCUUGCUAUGAUUGUGCUGCUGAUACCACUGUCAUUCAUCAUAUUCUCCUACAUUGUCAUAAUCGGCACAAUCAGUUCUUCCAGGAACUCUCAAAACUGGCAGAAGGCAUUUUAUACAUGUUCUACACACUUGUUUAUCAUUGGCAUGUACUUCAUCCCACGAUUAUUUGUCUAUACUGCUAAUCAACUGCAUUUAAUUAUUAAUGCUGAUUUAAAUGUCUUACUUCUUGGUCUAUACAGCUAUGUGCCACAUCUUGUCAGCCCCAUUAUAUAUUGUCUGAGGACAAGAGAAAUUAAAAGGACCCUUGGUAAUAUUUUCAAGAUAACUAGCGGUGGAUACAGUGUUAGGUUUAGACAUUGA